AUGUCUGUCGACUCACGGGGUGAUCUCUUGGAUGAGAAUGAGUCGCAAGACUCUUCGCUGAACAAGGAACCCAAGAGACACUCACUCUUCCAGAGACUCUUUGGCCGAAAGACAAAAGGCCUAUCACGCGCAAAGUCCGCCUCCAACCGCAGCAAAAAACUAAUGAAACGAGUCAACACCGUCCGCUUCUCCUUCAUCUCCCGCGACUCCAAACUCUCCAGCGGCAAAAGCACCCCCCGCUCCACAAUGUUCGAAACCGAACAAGCGCGCCAAGCCCUCCAAUCAAAAGAAGACCUCAACGCCCUCGCAAUCCCAGAAGCAGAGUACGUCGGCCUACUGCGCGACAGCCAGAACGCGUUCGUGCACAUGCAGUAUCUUUCAGGCGCGGGAGCGGUGAUCGUCCACGAUGCCUCGGGUCGUCAGCGGAUUCUGCAGAUGGAUGAGGUUGCGCAGCUCUUUCUGCAGUUGAAGGAUGAAUUGGCUGCGACGACGACGUGGUCGAAGACGGUUUCUUGUCGGGUAAGAGGAGAGUCGGCAUUUAAGCAGGGGAAUCUGCGCGCUGCGGUUGUGGAAUAUCAUGAUGCGUUGAGGAUGUUGCAGGAUACGCCGGGGUUGGACGUCGACAAGCUCGUUCGAGCCGCAUUGCUGCAUGGACUUGGUCAAGCGUACCGGGGACUCAAUAUGCCCGCGGAAUCAGAAGCCUGCUAUCUCGAGUCAUUAGGGCUGUAUAAGCGGGCCCUGGGCCGGGACCACCCAAAGAACUUCGAAGUCCUACAUGACCUAGGCACCCUCUGUGAAAAAGACGGCUACGCAACCGAAGCCGCAGCACUCUAUGAACGUUCCUUCGCAGGCCGCCUGAAAGCACUUGGCCACAACGCCCCCGAAACCCUAAACAGCAUGCAAGACCUUGCCUCUCUCAAAGUGCUCCUCGGCGACCUAGAAUCCGCCCUCAUGCUACUCGAAAAAGCAGUUCCCGCUCUGGACACAGUCUUUGGCAUCCAAAACGGAACCACGCUAAAUGCCAUGAACAAGCUCUCCCACUUGUACCAGAAACUCGGCCUCGACAAGGAAUCUCGCACGAUAUCCGGCCGUACGAUUCCCCACUGCAAGACUUUCUACGGAUUAAAUAACCCGGAGACUCGUGACGCUGUUAUUCGAUACCUGCAGAGCUCGGAUAACUUUGAUUUCCCGGCUGAUAUCAAAGAUAUUCUCGAGCAGUACCGUCGCUCGCGAGACCCCGAGUCCCUCAAGGUCAUCCACCGCCUGGGCCGGUCGUACAUGGACGCAGGGCUUAACCGCGACGCAUCGGAUAUCUUUGAAAAACUUGUCGACGAUUUUUUAGAUGUCAAGGGACCGGAAGCACCGGAAACAUUCGAUGCACUCAGUGCACUGUGCGUUUCGCGCGAACAUCUCGAUUCUAUCGAAAAGGCUAUCCAUGCGUACAAGCAGCUAGUGAACAUGGCGCGAAAAACACCUGAAGACCACCACUCGCGGAAGAGAAUUGGCUACGCCGAGAAGAGAAUCACAGAACUCAACCGUCGACGAGAAAUCCUCGCUGCUGAACGGAGAGAAUGGGGCUUGAACCAGCCCGGUCCGUGCAGGAACUGCAACACGCCAACACCUGUUCUCUGCAAUUCCUGCAAAAUAACCCGCUUCUGCAGCGACCACUGCCACACCGCCGCCAUUGAAGCCCACAUCCCCUCGUGCAUCCCCUCCGUUUCCCUUCGCGAAUCCAAGUCCCUCGCCGUGAAACCUCGCUGCCCACCCGCAGCCCAGGACCAAGCACUGCUUAAAAUCCGUUGCUCUGACCCAGCGGACAUAAACGUGUUAAAUAGUUACACGUUUUAUCUUGAUCCGAGGAACUUUACGACGUUCAGGAUGAGGUUUAGGCCCGAGGUCAAUACGAUUAUUCUGUUUAGUAUGGAUUCGGAUGUUAAGUUUGCUAUGGUUGAUGGGGUUCCUGCGCCUACAUCUAUAACCGCACCAACAGAACAAGACCAAGAAGAACACGAACAUAACCACCUCAACUGGUUAACACCCACAACCCAAGACUGCAUCUCUUUCAACCCACGCACCGACCUUCCCACCACUACCCCCUCCAACACAAAUACAACCACAAGCACCCAAUCCCGCUACCUCCUCGUCACCCCCGGCAAAGAAAUGCUCAAAUCAAUAAUCGACAAACGCGUGCAUGUACGGUCCGGCGGCAGCGGCGCCGGGGACCGUUUUCGCUCGCUGGAUGUGCCGAGUAUGGAGCUUAUUGAGUAUGCGCAAGGACUGUUGCUGACGGGAUAUCUUGGGGAGGCGUUUAUGUAUGUUAUUGAGUGGGAGUGGAAGUAG